AGGUUUCCAGUCGGAAGCAAGUCCUGUACCAACCAGAAACAUGGCGGCUCCCUGAGGUUUGAGGUGGAGGCAAAUGUUAAAUCGACACUCUUGUCAUUUUUACAUCUACAUGGAAAGGGCUUGAGAGUGAAAAUAUGGGUUUUAUAAGGCACGUUGUGUGCGCCAUGUCGGGGGGCGUGGACAGCUCUGUAGCGGCGUUACUGCUAAAGAGGAGAGGUGAGAGAAACUAGGACUGAAUUAUUCUCACUUUUAAACUCAUAAGAAGUUCAGAAACAUGAAUGUAAAGCUAAAACUGUUCCACAAGUAUUGCCAGUUGAGCUGUUACUAUCUCCUACUAACCCGUAUUCUUCUUUUUGAUAUGAAGGCUACAAUGUAACAGGAGUUUUCAUGAAAAACUGGGACUCUCUGGAUGAGAAAGGGGUUUGCAAUUCCGAGCAGGACUGUGAAGAUGCCUACAAAGUGUGUCAGAUCCUGGACAUCCCCUUUCAUCAAGUGUCCUAUGUGAAAGAGUACUGGAAUGAAGUUUUCAGGUAAUAUUAUGGUCAAUUUAAAACACUCACUUAUCAUGUUACUCAGUAUUUUAAUAUUUUGUGUUUAUAUUUCAGCAACCUUUUAAAGGAAUAUGAGAGAGGCAGGACUCCCAAUCCAGAUAUACUCUGCAACAAGCAUGUCAAGUUUAAGCAUUUCCACAAUUAUGCUAUCAACACUCUGGGUAUGUCAUUGUAUUUUCUCACUCGCUAUAGUUCUUUCAAAAUAAGUCUUUAGAUAAUUGUAAGGAAUUUGUUUUAUUUAUUAUCAAAAAGGUGGUGUAAAUAGAGUUAUUCUAUUUUUUCACUUAGGUGGAGAUGCCAUGGCAACAGGCCACUAUGCUCGGACAUCACAGGAGGAUGAAGAGGUUUUCCAGCAGGUGCACACGACAACGCCCACCACUCUCUUCAGAGAUCGCUUUGAGAUCAGAAAUCGUGAGUGAUCGACUAUAUCAAUCAAUCAAUCAAACUUUAUUUAUAAAGCACUUUUCCUACAGGAAUGUGACUCGAAGUGCUUUACAAGUUAAAAACAAAAACAAAAACUAUCCCAGAUAUGAUAUUUAGCCGCCCUCUCUAGAGCUGUUACUGUCAGGAGAAGUGUAUUAACAGCUCAGGAGGUCCUGCAGAGGUCCUUUUUAACUCCUCCCUCAGAGACUCUGACAUCCUCAGUCUGUAGUCUUCACCUGGACUCUGCUCACUGUUUAUAUGCAUACUAUUUUACUAUUUUGUGUGGUAUAUAGAGUACAUGCUUGUAUAUUGUUAAAUUGUAUAUAUUGUAUAUUUUGAUUAUUUGAUUAUUUCUUUAGUUUUACUUAUUUUAUCUAUUUAGUUAUCUCUUCUUUCUACUUUCUUUUCCCCUGAAGAUUAUGAAAGUAUCUCUGAUUCUGAUUCACUUUUUAAUAAUCAUUUUUGUCUCGUUUUUUUUUUUUUACCAAGCUGUCAGGCUGUUCAAAGGAGCAGAUUCCCUCAAAGACCAAACCUUCUUCCUCAGUCAGGUCUCCCAAGAUGCCCUGCGACGAACCAUCUUCCCACUAGCUGGACUCACCAAAGAGUUUGUUAAAAAGAUCGCUGCUGAGGCAGGAUUUUACCAAGUCCUUAGAAAAAAGGAGGUAACCUCAGACACUUAUAGACAUGUAUGAAAUAAUUUACAGAGCACAUGAUGAUUUUAGUUUUUUUAUUGAAAUGAUAAACUACAGUAAAAAGGUUGACUCUACUGAUUUGUUUCCAGAGCAUGGGCAUCUGUUUCAUUGGAAAGACAGAUUUUGAAAGCUUCAUCUUGGAGGUAAGGAUGAAAUAUUCACAUAAAAUUAUUUCUGCAAAUUUGAGUUGUUUUCUUUCUAUUUCGUCUUUCUGAUUAAAACUGAAUUUGUCUUUUGUUUGUUUUAUUUUGUUUGUCUAUUUAUGUCCAGUAUCUUGAGCCUAGACCUGGGAACUUUGUCUCUAUUGAGGAUGGAACUGUGCUGGGAACACACCAAGGUAUGUUUAAGGCUAUGAGGGGGGUCCUCAUAUUGUAAGUCUUGAGGAACAACAAAUAUAAACAGAGGUCUGAGACUUCUCCAAGAAACUUGAGACCAAAUUAAAAGAAAAAUCUGAGAGAGAUGUUAAUGUGUGGGGCCGAUAGUUCAUUCCUUUGUGUGUUUCUCUCCAUUUAGGCUUGUUUACUUUGACGUUAGGCCAGAGGGCGAGGUUACCUGGAAAACGGCUAGCUUGGUAUGUGGCCGACAAAGACAUCGUAACUGGAGAUGUCCUUCUGGUAAGGAUGUUUUUUUUUGCUCGUUAGAAAUAAAGAAUCUGUCUUAUAUCAGGUUUUAUCUGACACUCUUUACCAGAUGACCGAGCAUAUACACCAGAAAAUUAUGUGUCAUGAAAACCACCGAAGUGAAGCUGCCCCAGGUGUUUCUUAAUGUAAAAACAGAAUUGAUGAUGACAAUUUUUUUGUGGGUUAUGCUUUCUGUGUCUUAGUAAAGUACUGCUAAAUAAUCCAUCAACAAAAUGACGUCAUAAAUAACAAAAUAGUUAUAAUUCUCCUUGAGCAUGAGGAUGGUAAUGUUGGAUUUGUUUUACCUUGAGGGACUUACUCAAUAUUAAUAACAUUAACAACAGCUGCUACUUUACUGUUAUUGUCACUGUUGUUGUUAUGGUUACUACUACCAUAAUUGUCACUAUUGUUACUGCUUUAUGUUACUGUUGUUACCAUCUUUGUUACUGUUAUUGUUACUGUUGUUGCCAUUUUUGUUACUGUUGUUGCUGUUUUUGUUACUGUUACUGUCUUUGUUACUGUUAUUGUUACUGUUGUUGUUAUCAUUGUUUUUAAUGUAAUUAUUAUCAUUAUUACUUUUUUUAAAAUUCAUCAGGCUCCCUCUUGCGAUCACCCAGCCCUUCUCCGCGACACAUUAGGGACAGAGCGUUUCCAUUGGGUUACAGGAGACCCGCCUCCUGAAAUUGCCAAGACCCACAUGAUGGAGUGCCAUUUUCGCUUCCUCCACCAGAUGCCGCUCGGUGAGUUUAGUUUUAUCACUCCUUCUCCUCUCAUGAAUGGGAUGGGAGGAGGUUGAGUGCAGAGAAUAUAUGUAACAUGUCUUUUAUUUCUUUCAGUUCCUUGUACAGUGACUCUUAACAUGAACGGCUCUGUGUGGAUUUCACUCUCUAAGCCAGUCAGAGCUCUGACACCUGGACAGGUAGUUGCAAACACACCUCUGUUCCAAAAAUACAAUGUUAUCGCUUCAGUUUGUGCUACUAUAACAGUUUACUGUAGUGCUGAAAGCUCUUCUAAAACAUGAACACAGUCAAUGCUUUGAAGUCUCAGAGUUUGAGUGUAUUUCCUCAGUACUUUUUGUCACUGCUCCCCCUAGUUUGCCGUCCUCUACAAAGGAGAUGAGUGCCUGGGCAGUGGAAAGAUUGUCCAACUAGGGCCCAGCGAAUUCACUCUUCAGAGGGGCAGAGAACGGUUGCGGGCGGCUGCACAGCAGAAAGAACAGCACACUCCUGAUCUGGACAACUGAGAUGAACUCACUGAGUGGUAGGAGGAAGCUCUGCUUGUCGACAGAGUUUACUGUCUCAUUGAAUCUUCAAUACAAAGGACUAAAUAGUUGUUCCAGUGGAUUUAUGGGAAAAGAGGUGGUCUUAAAAUUUGGGGCUCUGGAUGCUGGGAAGCUGUCCACUUGCUCAUCAGCAAAAACACUGUUAACUGUGUGUUUUAAAGUGAAAAGGGACGUUUUUCUGGAUAGUAGUGACUUCGUUUUAAAAGAAAAAAUAAGAAACUUCUUGAUCUUUUUACUUUUAAACCUGACAGCCAAGCUGUUGCUUUCAGGGACAUACAGACAUAUGUCCCUGGUGGAUCCUAAUCUAAUAGGGUUACUUGUUAAACCAAAAUCGAUUAGUGUCCACCAACAACAAUAAAUUUAUUAUAAAUAGCCCAAAUACCAUAGUUUUUGGUAUUAUGUGAAAAAAUCAUGUAUAUAGCUGAAGCUUUGUCAAAAGAGGGCUGAUAUGUGACUUUUAUACAGACCCAUGCUGCUUAAUUGUGAUUAUGCCUGAUGACAGUUAAAUUUAACAUGUCAAGUAAAUACAUGGUGUGGUGAAGUAUCAAAAAGAAUAGCAAAGGUAAUGCUAUGCAGUAUUUUGACUAUGUGGAUAAUUUCAAAAUUAUAAAUGAAAACAUUCAAUGUGAUACCGCACUACUAUUUCGUAGUGCCAUGUUUUAAGCCCAUUUUGAGGCUUACUGGUUGUAGCAAUUGUUUUUGAACGUUCUUUAAAGCUCCUGUAAGGAACUUUUGGUUCGUGUCAAUUUUGGCACCCCCUUGUGGACAAAGAAAUCCUCACGCAUCUUGUCCACUAUAUGCUUGAUUAGCUAUUCAUGAAAACAGAUCUCAUUCCGCUGACUUUUGACCGUCAGAUGUCGUAUUUAUUUUAAAAAACAACUGAUUUCAAACAAUAAAAAUAAGGAUAUAAAAAGUCUUGUUGCGGAUGGCCUGUUUAAUUUUUUUUUAACCAUUAAUAGGAGUCAAUAUAAAUUUUGUUGUAUUUAAUAAAUGUCAAAAACUCCUGAUAGGAGCUUUAAAGAAAGACGUGCCUUACCCUUAUUAAGUUGUUUUUUGUAAUUGGAACCUAGCUUUUCCUAAAAACAUAAAUAGAUACUGUGAAUAUUUGAAAAAGAUUUUACAAAUCAAUGAAUAAAUAAGUUAAAGAAGGUUGAGUUGUGUUUUUAAUUUGCCUUUUAAUUGUAUUUGUGCUUUAAUUGUUCUUUAUUUGUUCAUCCACAUGAGGGCGCUAUUAUACAAGUGAAACCUCAAAGUUGAGCCCUCUAGGAUUUGAUAAAGUUGAUGCUGUUUUGCAUAACAACGUACUAUUGUAUACAAAUGUCAUGCAGAAAUGUAGUUUUUGGAGAUUUCUCAGAAAGACUCCUUUAGUGUAAUAUCACUGCUGAAAACUGACUUUUUUGCAUUUAGGAAAAACUUGUAUGAAUGCUGUUGUAAUACUUUUAAGAUAUUAGUUCAUAAAACUGAGUGACAUUUGCAAAAGCAUACAUAAAAUGAACAGAGAAGUAACUAACAAAAUGAAAAAGUCAUUAAAUAUAAUCUGUCUUACUAUUAA